CUCCUCCCCACCCCUCACUAUCUCAGCCCACUUUUUCUGUGUCCUCCGACUGAACACCCCAAAUCGGGGCUGGGUAGGGGGAAGCAACUUGUUUUGAGAGCAACACCUAUACCCUUCUACGUGAUCUGCACCUUUAAAACCCACUCGAUCACAAUCCGGACCCCGGAGGCACCACCCACAUCCGUUUAACAUCACUUCCUUCAGAGUUAAGGGGAAAAAAAAAAAAAAAAUCUGGUAACUCGAGGGGUUGGGUUGAGCCGCAUUUGGGGAAGGGUUAGGCGGACCUUCUGCUCUAGGACUCCGGCUCUGCGUCUGCGCUGCACGGUGACCCCGCACACUUACCACCAUGGAGCUGCGGCCUCGUCUCGGGGCCACCUGUUUGCUGGGCUUCAGUCUCCUGCUCCUGGUCACCUCUUCUGAUGGACAUACUGGGCUUGGAAAGGGUUUUGGAGAUCACAUUCAUUGGAGGACACUAGAAGAUGGCAAGAGAGAAGCAGCUGCCAGUGGAUUGCCCCUGAUGGUGAUUAUCCAUAAAUCCUGGUGUGGAGCUUGCAAAGCUUUAAAGCCCAAAUUUGCUGAAUCUACAGAAAUUUCAGAACUUGCCCAUAAUUUUAUUAUGGUAAAUCUUGAGGAUGAAGAGGAGCCCAAGGAUAAAGAUUUCAGCCCUGAUGGGGGUUAUAUUCCACGAAUUCUUUUCCUGGAUCCCAGUGGCAAGGUGCGUCCUGAAAUUAUCAAUGAGAACGGGAACCCCAGCUACAAAUAUUUCUACACCAAUGCUGAGCAAGUUAUUCAGGGGAUGAAGGAAGCUCAGGAAAGGCUGACGGGCGAUGCCUACAGAGUGAAGCAUCUUGAAGAUGAGUUGUAACAUGAAUGUGUUCCGGAAGGAGAGGAGCCGGGAGGGAAUACUGAGGAAUCACUCAGAACAACUAAACCAAUCAGGAAACCUUGCUCCUCCUGCCUGUGUGGGAAGGAGCUCUCUCACUGUGGAAGAGUUCUGCUAAUAGAAGCUGGUCUCCAUGUUUGUGGAUCCAGCAGCAUGUGGCCGACUUCCUUCUCCUGCCCCUCUGACCUCCUUGUCAUUGAAUGUAAAGGAUAAUAUCUUUUGACACAAAACUUGAGCCAUUUGGAGGUUUACUCCUUGCACUUAAGUGUUUGAAUCUUUUUCCAUUUCCUUCCACUCUACUGACCUUGCUGGUGAAGGGAGACCAGGAGCAUCUUUUCUACAACGUGAAAAUUGCAGAAAUUGCUCAUCGUUCCAAACAAUAAACCCUAAAUGUAAAUCAGUAAUUCUGACCCCACCGAGGAGACCAGCCUGAUUCUUCUCUUUUUCCCCUCCUGGGAAUAAUCUUGGCCUUCCUCCUGAAUCCCUACAACUUCCUUCCUCUUCUCCUGCUUGGGUUUCCCUGUUUGCACGCAUGCGUGUGCAGGAAUGGCUGUGUGCUUAGACUCAGCUCCAGCUGGAAGCAUGCUUUCCCUGUUACGGUUGGAGAAACUCAAACCUUUAAGCCCUAGGCAGAGCCAUUUUUGUCAAGUUGUCAACUGUAUUUUUGUACUGGGGUUAAAAAAAAUAUUAAUUGUACUAUUAAACUUUAAUAAAACUUUAAGAAGAA